AUGGUCGAACGACUACCUUCUAUACCGGUAUAUAAGCUGCUUACGGCCCUAUACACGGGCGUUAUGGCAUGCCUGUGUUCGUGGACUAUCUUCAUAGCGCCUGAGGGGCGUGGUGCAAAUAUGACUGUACUGGCGCCUAUUUGGGCAUUGGUUUCGUCCUUCCUCAACAUUCAUGAUAACUACGAUCAGUCUUGUAGGUCGGUCGUAGGGGCCUUCAUCGGGCUCUUCUUCACAGAGCUUAUCGCUAUCAUUAUCACAGCCGGAAACACCGUGGAGUACAGCGACUGGAUUGGUGUUGCUGUAGCCUUUCCGGUGUGCUUUUUAAUGGCACUGGGUGAUGUGGCGACUGGGAGUAAAUUGUCGCUCCUGUUCCGUUCUGAUGUUGCUAUGGAGAGCAUGUAUAUCCCCCUAGCUUUCCCUAAUGGAAGGCCGUUUCUUCACGGUGCGCUCACUGCUGGUGCUUUCAUGGUGGGCUCAUCUGAGUCCUUCAUCGCCACUAGUAUUCUCAACGCGUUUAAUCUCCUCCCGCGAAAGGACUUACCGGCCUUGCCAGUUUUUGCAAAGCGGGCUGCUGACUACUACGAGACUCUGACGGCGUAUUGGACCAGCGGCAUGGAACACGCUGAUUUCAUCGAUCGGCAGAGGGCGGCCUUUGAGGAGUCUUGGAGAGCAGCUUCUAGAGAGGCGCCGACUCCUGAGCUGAGGAGUGUGAUAUACCGUAUGGCCUCGGGCUUGAUCGCUUUGAGGGAUACUAUGAAUGAUGGUCGCUACAGUGAAGAUAUGCUCGAGCACAUAUGGCACCCUUUGAUGCCGGAUAUAGUGGACCUGAGGCUAGAAGUCGUGUACUGGCUGAGGACAACGGCUAAGCCCAUCUCGGAUGACAAGGAGAUCGAACAAACCGAUUUGAUGAAUCUCGCUACUGAGCUCAGUAGUAGGCUGAGUCAAGCGUCUAUUUCGUAUAGUGAGAAGGUCGUUGAAGGAGAGUCUUCGUUGUCUCCUGCGAACGAUAUUGUAAGAUUCCAGUUUGCCAUGUCGCUGAUCGCCAAGUUUGCAGUGAUGUCCGAUGAGUUCUACAAUUUGGUUCGCCGUCAACAGAAGCAAACCGCGCACUCACUGAAAUGGUACAACUGGUGGGGUCGUCUGUGUCGGUAUCUAUCUGAAUGCAAGGCGUAUUGGAUCCAUUGGUGGCAUUUACCUUUCUGGGCAUUUGGCAAUAUGACCCUCAGGCAAAGGCUGGUACAUCCAUUGAGACUGUCUAUCACGAUCACCGUAUUCGCUUUCCCCCUUGUUGCAUGGGCCCAUAACGAAACGGUGGUGGAGAUGUUCGGAUUCUGGGCGCUGGUACCCUUGUUAUUCUGCUUCUUGAGUACACCUGGUGCUUCACUGGUCAAAGGAACCAGGCGUAUCAUCGGCACUAUUUUGGCGGCAUGUUUGGGUAUGAUCUGCAUUGAGGCAAACUACAACAGUGUCCCUGCCUUCGUUGUGGAGAUGUUUGUCAUAGUGUCCAUUGGCAAGCUCGGUGCCCUGUACACUAAUAUCGACUACGCUGGCACUGUGUUUGCGUUCACGUGGAUGCUCGUUGGUAUCAUCCCCACCUUGGGGUCAGAGCCCACUGAAAACGACAUGAUCAGCUGGGCUUUGUGGCGCCUGUUGAUGACUAUGAUUGGCACUGUGGGCAAUAUGGUCGUAGCCACAUUUGUGUUCCCUACGUUCGCUUUUGAUAAACUGAAUCGCGAGACCGCACACGAGUUGAUUGCUCAGUCGCAGUUGGUGUCUAUGGCCGUGGAGCAGCUGUGUGCUGUUGCCAAGGGCCCAUCAGUUAACCCUGAAGAUAAACGUGUUGAGAGCGGUGAUGAGUUCUUUAAGUCGAGUGACUGCAGAUAUCAGCUUUUGCCAGAUGCUAAGGCUGAGGCGCUGGUCCUCCAUAGGACUACUUUCAUCGAUGAGACCACGCAUGCUGUGAUAAGGUCUCAGUAUGACAUUGACAUGAUGGGCCGGUCAGCGAUGGUGGCGCAUACUAACAUUGCUGAUUGCACGCGACAGAUCGCUGACCCGACGAUCUCGUUGCUCUUGGACCCUCUACGAGAGAGUCUCCACAAGGUGGCGGUAGCGUUGAACGAUUCAUCGUCAAAGAUGGCGCUGAAAAUUCUGGACCAGUCUAAGAGGAGUCGCACUAGGAGUGGUUCGUUAGAAAUGUCGACUGAAGGCAGCCAGGUUAACGUUGAGAUGCAGAGGGCUCUGGAUAUCUUCGUCGCGAGAAGGGAAGUGAUGCUCUCGGGUGAGACGAAGAACCUUGCUAGCUGGGCUAGUGCUAUUCAAGGCGGCCUGUAUGGUCUGUUCCAUUCGCUGUAUACUCUGCGUGUAUUCGUUGAUGAAUGGGUGCAUAUGGAGAGUGUGAUACUGAACCUCAAGCCGGCUAGCAGGAGGUCACGUGCCCUAACUGGUGCCCCGGAGGACUGGACCAGAGAUGUUGCUAAGAAGUCAUGACAUGCUCCAAGAAGGGAUACCGGUGUCGUUGGUGUCACGUUAUUUGCGUUUUUAUCGGUUAUUCGAAUCAGCAACAAGUUCUUUAUGGAACCAAGUUCACCACGUCCUGUACAAUGUGUAGUUGUUUCUUCUGUCCUGUCGUCCUGAACCCUACUGCUUUAGCGAGCGAGUAUUUCGCUGUUCUUAGAGAGGCCUUAGUUGGACAUGUGUGCUGGUGGGUUCACUACAGUAUGUGCGAGUUGUUAGUGAUGUAUAUGUGUUACCGUCUUCGAUACAUACCAUUGUGUGGAUGAAAGCGUUUUCUAUAUGUUGUUCAAGCUUGUUUCUGGUUACUGCAGAUUCG